CCGGCUUCGGCUUUCGUGACGAUGGAAUUUUUCCUGCCCACGAUGGAAAGGAAGAACCUCUUCCUCAGCCUCCUGCUCUGCUCCAGCCUGCUCAGAGCUGCUGAUUCCCACAUGGUCACCGAGGAGAAGACAGACUGCAACCUGUCCAGGAGCAGCAGAAUGGAUCUCUCAGAUCUCCCCCCCAUCUCCAUAGUAGAUUUAACCAGAAGAUCCCAGAAAGUCAGCAGGAAAGAGGCAGAGACCAAGAAAUCUUCCAAGAAAAACGCUGAACGCAAGACACCUCCGAAGCCGAGGCCCCCACCAGCUGCCAACUGUGUGCCAACCUUCAAAACCUGCAAGCCACACCUGAAUUCCUGCUGUAACUACUGUGCCCUGUGCAAAUGCCGAAUUUUCCAGACCAUCUGCCAGUGCCUGAUGUUAAACCCCAAGUGCUAAACCGAGCUGGGAACACAAUAAGGCUCCUGUCUUUCGUUAGUUUCUCGAGUGGGUGUUUCAGAUUUGCCCUGUGUGUGUGGCAAAGGAGAGAGCUCUGAAGCUUGGA